AUUGGACCGGCAACAGAGCAGCGCAGUCGUCGGUCUUCUCUGUCUGAACGCUCUGGACUUCGGAAGUGGCCGGACGGUGUGGGGGGAGAGACAGGCAGCAAAACCCGGAGAUGUGGAAAUAACUCAAAAUAUCCCCCGUAUUCAGUAUUUGGAGUCGUUUUGUUAAAUUUAGUACAGGUUACCCUCCAGUGUGUUAGUGUAUUGUAUAUUUUGUUUUACCUUAGCCACCGUCGCUAGCUAGCUUAGCAGCCGAACGAGGCUGUCAAGACACACAGGGACCGCCGGAGAAGAAGACGAAGGGCUCGGUGACAAGGGAAGGUGGCGAGGUAACGAUGAACCGCUUUCGAAAGUGGCUCUACAAGCCCAAGAGGACGGACCCGCAGCUUCUGGCUCAAUUUUUCUACGCCGACGAUGAGUUGAACCAGGUGGCCACUGAGCUCGACAGCCUCGAUGGCAGGAAGGACCCUCAAAGAUGUACACUGCUGGUCAACCAGUUCCGCUCCUGCCAGGACAAUGUGCUCAACAUUAUCAAUCAGAUAAUGGAUGAAUGUAUCCCCUGCGACCGAGCCAACAGAGACUUCUGUGUCAAGUUCCCCGAGGAGAUUCGUCAUGACAACCUAGCGGGGCAGCUAUGGUUUGGAGCAGAGUGUUUGGCUGCAGGCUCCAUUAUUAUGAACAGAGAGAUUGAAAGCAUAGCGAUGAGACCGCUGGCGAAGGAUCUGACUCGCAGCUUGGAGGAGGUACGUAACAUCACCAGAGACCAGGCCCUGCGGGACCUCAACUUCUACACAGAUCGCAUGAAGGACGCACUGCGACAUUUCGACGGCCUUUUCGCUGAGUUUGAACUCAGCUACGUGUCAGCCAUGGUGCCUGUCAAGUCUCCCAAAGAAUAUUACGUACAGCAGGAUGUCAUUGUGCUCUUCUGUGAGACGGUGGAAAGAGCGCUCAAGCUGGGCUACCUCACACAAGACAUGAUUGAUGACUACGAGCCUGCACUGAUGUUUACAAUUCCCAGACUAGCCAUUGUAUGCGGGCUGGUCGUGUACUCAGAGGGACCUCUCAACCUAGACCGAAAAGCAGAGGACAUGUCUGAGCUCUUCCGGCCUUUUCGUACUUUACUGAAGAAAAUAAGAGACCUGCUGCAGACUCUGACUGAGGAAGAGUUGCUAAUGCUCGAGAGGAACCUCUGCAUUUCUCAGGAUGGCGAACUCGCCACAGGCCAGGAGCAGGCCCCGAAUAAGCCACCAACACCCGUUGAAGAGAAUCACUGCUCCAGCAGCCCCGCGAAUGACACCUUCAAGAGACCUCGUGAUGAUGAGCAUUUGGCUGCCUUUGUCCAUCCCAGCCAGGAGGAAGAGUUGGCAGAUGUGGAAAAAGGCUGGGAGGAAGUAGAAGCCGAGAAAGGGGAGCAGGAGGAGAUCUUACUGUGUGAGGAGGCAGAGGAGGCAGAACUCGCUUGUUCCAUGCAGUAUGACGAAGAAGAACUGGAGCAGCUCAACAUGAUGGUGUAUCGCGUCGGAGACGAGAUGUCCACCCUUCUGUCGCCUCCGAGCAAGAAUCAAUCCCCAGCACAUCACCCCAACAGAGGAGACUCAGGAGGAGCCAGUGGAGCUUCUAGUAUUGAGGCCUCCCCUAUCAGGGUGCUAAGGUGCCGAGGAAGAACGGGUAUCUAUCUCGAGGAGGAAGACCGAGUCUUCUUCAUGGAAGAUCUCGACACAGCAGGAGACGCUCUCAGCAGCAUCUCCAGAGAAGUCCAAUGUGGUAUCGCUUCGCCUUCUAAAGCACCAAAGUCUUCUCGUUCUUUGCAACGUAGUCCGGGUCUCCAAUCCGAUUCUGGUUGGCGCCCUGCAGCUCCUUCAGAACCUCCUUGUCUCCAGCCUCGCGGCAAAAAUACACACUGUCUCAAUUCAAUACGGGCUCCAUGCACCUCCGUCCCGAGCUCCGAAGUUCUACCUUACACCAACGGUUGGGAGGUGGGCUUUGAGGGUACAAUGAAUGAGACCGCAGAAGUCAUCGCGCAUCGUAUGGGUGGGAUGAAGCUCUCCGCCACCGUCAUCUUCAACCCUCGCUCCCCGAGUUUGACAGAGCUGGCCGUGGAUAAGUUGCUCCUCCCGCGGCCGUCUCCGUCAGAGAUGGAAUCCUGCGGCCCCUUAGUGGCUACUCACUGCCUCCUUAACUCGUGCGUCUGCUGCGGGAGCUGUGAAGACGCCAACGAGGACGUCUUUACAUCCGACACCUCCGGGUUAGGACUCGCUCUCGGAGCGGAUAAACACUGCAAAACGGCAGCACCCGGAGCUCUCAUACGAUCAUCUGCGUGUCAGCUGCCCCCUCGGGGCCACGAGCCCCUUAGCAGACGGGAACUCCAGAUUUCUCCGGCUUCCUCACGUUGCUUGAACGAGCCCCUGGAAGAGGAAGGAAGCCUUCAGCUCUGUGAGAACUGCCUAGUGGGCGUCCCUCGGCCAGAACAUCGCAAUCAGGACCAUAGCAACAGCAGAAGGGAGGACUACCAGGAGAUGAUUGACAAGACGGAAACCGAGAUGGAUAAGCAAGGAAUUAAAGAAUCCAGGAGGGACACCAAAGAGAAGAGUCGGAAAGCCUCCAGCUUUCACAACUCCCCCCACAGCUCUGUGUCAGGUAGUGACUGUGAGAGUGUGUCGGUCACCACAUGUAGUCUAUCCAGCAGUGCUUACACUCCAAGCCCCGUCAGCAGCCUCACUCCAAGCUCAGGCAUGUCAGAGGACCUGGACCAUGAAGUGAUGCAGCUGGCCCUGCAAGACGCCAAGGUGGCCGCCCGGAAUAAGAUUCGCUCACGCUUCCACAGCAGCAGUGACCUCAUCCACCGCCUUUUUGUUUGUAUUUCAGGAGUCGCUGAUCAACUGCAGACCAAUUACGCCAGCGACCUUCGCAGCAUCCUGAAGACUCUGUUCGAGGUCAUGGCGACCAAGUGCGAGCAGGGAGACAGUGAUAACCAAAAGAAAGCAGGACCUGUUCUGCGGAGUGCCGUACUAGAGGACUGUGCUCUCUGUCAGGAGACCAUUUCUUCAUCAGAAUUGGCAGCCAAGGCCCGCGAGGGCCACUUUGAAGACCCCCCUGACUGGGUCCCAGAUGAAGUGUGCAGCUCCUGCAUCGCCUGCAAGGCUCCUUUCACUGUCAUCCGCCGGAAGCAUCACUGCAGGAGCUGUGGAAAAAUCUUCUGCUCUCGCUGCUCCUCCCACUCGGCUCCGUUGCCCCGAUACGGCCAGAUGAAGCCCGUGAGGGUGUGCACACACUGCUACAUGUUUCACGUCACGCCUUUCUACAGCGACAAGGCAGUUUGAUACCCUAUUAGAUACGUAGAUAGAUAACUUUAUUCAUCUCCAAGAGAAAUUGAUAAAAUAUUACUGAAAGCACAGAAAAGAAGAGGCAAGAAUGCUAGCAAGGGGGGAGUCAUCAUGACAGAAGAAUGUUAACCAAAGUGUUUUAAUCGGUGAGCUGGUAUCCACACAUGAUUCACACAGGGCUUGACAGUGGAGGUGUAUAAAAAAGAGAAUACAAUGAUGCAAUCAUAGACUUUGAACCGGCAUUGUGCAGCACAACAUCAGAACAGGCCAUCUUUAUACAGUAAACCUCGGAUAUAUCGGAUUCAAUUGUUCCCACUGGUUUUGUCCGAUAUAAGCGAAAUCCUUUAUAUGCGUAUACCGGAAAAUGUCCGUUUUACGCAUAUAUCGGAUUUAUAUCCGGUAUAUGCGUAAAUCGGAUUUUAUCCGUUAUAAAAAGGCACUUCCUUGACUAUGUUUCCAAUGUACCUGGACGCGCAGGCAACGCUGCAAACGCUGCAAAUGACGUCGUAUAACGGCCUGUCACGAUUCGGCGAAUCGGAGCGCCACGAUGCGGCCAUCCGAUAUAUGCGAGGGAAAUUUAAUGGAAAUGCAUUGGAACGGGACUGGAGAUUUUGUCCGAAAUAGGCGAAAUCCGUUAUAAAAAAUCCGAUAUAUGCAAUGAAUUUUUAUUGGAAAUGCAUUACAGAAAAAUCGGUUCUUUUUUAUCUGUCCGUUGUGAGCGAAUUUCCGAUAUAUCCGAGGUUUACUGUACAUAAAAAAAAAAUGAAAAGACCUUCCUUUAUUCUGCAGCGAGCUUCCUACAUUUAUGCCAAGAGCUCCCCACUCGGGACUCGGAUUAGUCAAAAGAAUGUAAGUCAUGAUAAGUAUGUAAAUAAGAUAAUAAUUCUGUUAAUAACCACACACUGCAAUGUCUACAAUUGCUUUUUCACACAGGAACUGAUCAGCAGGCUUCCAGUCGCAUUUACGCAAAAAAAAAAAAAAUAGAUUUUCUAUUGAGAUUUUUUGUUAUGCUUUUAAUGGCGGCGAAUGUUCAUUGUGGAUGACCUGACUUUUUUUUUUUUUUUUAAUGGGCUGUGCCCAUUGCUGUUAGGUGCACUGUAGUAUAUAUCGGGUACUCUCAUGGUACUCCGCUGCACACUGGAAUACUUGGAAUGGUUCAAAGGGAUUUUCUAUUAUCUAGUCUCAUCACUGUCUUGGGUGUGUGAUGCCCUCUAGUGGAGAGUUGACCUCUCUUCAACACCCAUCAGAUUCCCAGCUUGACCCCAGAGGCCUUCUUCACUGGUGCUGGCCUAAGACUGCUUUAAUGCUCUUUGCUCUUCUUAUUAUUCCCGUUAUCGUGCAAUAUUACGAUUACUAAACAUUUUUAGUAUAAGCGCUCAUUUCCUGUUGAGAAUUGUUUAAGUCCAUUUUCAUAAGCUAGCUUUGUGUUUUAGGCUAAAUUAACUGCUCGGCAGGCAGCACGGCGGUCUAGUGGUUAGCGCGCAGACCUCACAGCUAGGAGAUCAGGGUUCAAUUCCACCCUCGGGCAUCUCUGUGUGGAGUUUUCAUGCGUGGGGUUACUCCGGUUUCCUCCCACAUUCCAAAAACAUGCUAGGUUAAUUAGCGACUCCAAAUUGUCCAUAGGUAUGAAUGUGAGUGUGAAUGGUUGUUUGUCUAUAUGUGCCCUGUGAUUGGCUGGCCACCAGUCCAGGGUGUACCCCGCCUCUCGCCCGAAGACAGCUGGGAUAGGCUCCAUCAUACCCGAAACCUUAGUGAGGAUAAGCGAUAGAAAAGAAUGAAUAAUAAGGGAUGAAACAGGCUGUACGGCGGAUGAGUGGUUAUUGCGCAGGCCUCACAGCUAGGAGACCAGGGUUCAAUUCCACCACCCUCGGGCAUCUCUGUGUGGAGUUUGCAUGUUCUCCCCGUGCAUACGUGGGUUUUCUCCGGGUACUCCGGUUUCCUCCCACAUUCCAAAAACAUGCUAGGUUAAUUAGCGACUCCAAAUUGUCCAUAGGUAUGAAUGUGAGUGUGAAUGGUUGUUUGUCUGUAUGUGCCCUGUGAUUGGCUGGCGACCAGUCCAGGGUGUACCCCGCCUCUCGCCCGAAGACAGCUGGGAUAGGCUCCAUCAUACUGUAACCUUAGUGAGGAUAAGCGAUAGAAAAUGAAUGAAUAAUAAGGGAUGAAACAGGCUGUACGGUGGAUGAGUGGUUAGUGCGCAGACCUCACAGCUAGGAGACCAGGGUUCAAUUCCACCACCCUCGGGCAUCUCUGUGUGGAGUUUGCAUGUUCUCCCCGUGCAUGUGUGGGUUUUCUCCGGGUACUCCGGUUUCCUCCCACAUUCCAAAAACAUGCUAGGUUAAUUGGCGACUCCAAAUUGUCCAUAGGUAUGAAUGUGAGUGUGAAUGGUUGUUUGUCUAUAUGUGCCCUGUGAUUGGCUGGCGACCAGUCUAGGGUGUACCCCGCCUCUCGCCCGAAGACAGCUGGGAUAGGCUCCAUCAUACCCGAAACUUUAGUGAUUAUAAGCGAUAGAAAAUGAAUGAAUAAUAAGGGAUGAAACAGGCUGUACGGCGGAUGAGUGGUUAUUGCGCAGGCCUCACAGCUAGGAGACCUGAGUUCAAUUCCACCUUCAUCCAUCUCUGUGUGGAUUUUGCAUGUUCUCCCUGUGCAUGCGUGGGUUUUCUCCGGGUACUCCGGUUUCCUCCCACAUUCCAAAAACAUGCUAGGUUAAUUAGCAACUCCAAAUUGUCCAUAGGUAUGAAUGUGAGUGUGAAUGGUUGUUUGUCUAUAUGUGCCCUGUGAUUGGCUGGCCACCAGUCCAGGGUGUACCCCGCCUCUCGCCCAAAGACAGCUGGGAUAGGCUCCAGCACCCCCGCGACCCUCGUGAGGAAAAAGCGGUAGAAAAUGAAUGAAGGAAUGAAUGAAUGAACUGCUCGGCGUCAGACAUCCCUUUGCAAUAACAAAUUAUCUUUGUCAUAUUAUAUCAUAUUAUAUUAUAUUAUAUUGCAUUCGGUACAUUAAGAGCAAGCGUCUUGUCAUUCUUGCUGUGACUCAGAAACAGCUUCUCAGGCAUCAUUACAUAAUCAGGAACACACUCUACUGUUGGAUCAGUCUUAGUGUCCUCUAGCUUGGAAACUCGCUUUCAAAGGCUACGUUUUUUUUUCUUUUAUAAAGAAUCAAAACAGCAUAUGGCGUGAUAUCACAUUUAUGUAUAUAAACAGGGAAAUCAUGCAGUAAUUUAAUGGCGGGGUUGGGGUAUACUAUUAUUAUUAUUAUUAUUUCAGAGCUUGGUCUUAUUUUUUAAGAUGCCAUUGUAUUUCCUUGAUGGAAGUGUGUAUAAUUUUGAAAAAAAAAAAAAACAAUGUUGUAUAGUUUUAAAUGCAAUGUAAAAUGAAAUAAAUGAUUUUUUUUCUGGGUAAAGAAGUUGAGCAAUCUUUAUGACUGCAUUUUUUUAAUGGAUUUUGUUUUGUUGUUAAUUUCUCACAAUCACAUUUUGGUACGGUAAGUGCUGAAUGUCAAAAAUAUAUAUAUAUAUUUUUUAAAAUUGUUUUUAUUGUUUGUUUUUAUUGUUUUCCAGCCUGCCUGUUUUGAUUUAAAAAAGCAAAUAUUAAAUCCCCUGAAUGCAUGGGAAUGGAGAACUCCAUCUCUGGAUAGUAGCGUCUUAAAAUAAACACAAUGUAUCAGCAAAUAAACCCAAACUGUUAUUUCCCUUCUGUAUAUUU